AUGAAACAAUAUCGGGAUACAUACGACAGGCGCGAAGGAGAUAUUGGACAUUACAAUGACACCAGCCGACCAGUGGUUUACGACGACCUCGACCCUUUUGGCCAUGAAGAAAAUCAUCAGAUCAAGUAUAAAACAAUGUCAUGGAAGCUUGUCGCGGUGCUCAUGAUAGCCGAAAUCGUGAGCAACGGCAUGCUAUCUCUGCCAUCAUCCUUGGCGGUCGUCGGCAUAGUCCCUGGAGUGAUUCUCAUCGUCUUCCUCGGCAUUUUGGCAACAUACACGUCCUGGUUGCUAGUCCAGUUCAAGCUUCGGCAUCCAGAAGUCCACUCCAUGGGUGACGCAGGCCAAAUUCUCUUCGGACGGCCCGGCCGAGAACUGCUCGCCUUCGGAACCGUCGUCUUCGCCGUCUUCGCGACAGGCGGGCAGCUCCUGGCGGGCCAAAUCGCGCUUGCGACACUGAGCGACAACAAGCUAUGCCUGAUGCUCUACACCGGUAUCUUUGCCGUUCCGACUCUGCUCUUCAGCUUCCCGCGGACGAUGGACCAGCUCUCCUGGCUCUGCAUCCCUUCAGUACUCUCGAUCCUCGUAGCCGGCAUCGUGGGCAUGAUCGGCGCGGGCGUGCACCCGGCCCCGGGCCGACAAGUAGACGUGGCCGUACCCUCCGACUUUUAUACGGCCUUCAUCGCCAUCACCAAUCCCGUCUUCGCGUAUGCUGGCCACUUCAUGUUCUUCAUCCUCAUGUCGGAAAUGCGGCGGCCACAGGAGGCGAUGAAGGCGGCGUACACCCUCCAGGGCUUCGCGACGACGUUCUACGCCGUCUUCGCGGUGGUGUGCUACGUCUACCUCGGCAGCGAGGUCGCUUCGCCGGCGUUCAGCAGCCUGGAGCCGAAGUGGGCCAAGGCGGCGUACGGGAUCGCGAUACCCAACUUCUUACUUGCGGGUUCGCUGUACGCGCACACGGCGGCGAAGUUGAUUUUUGUGCGGAUUUUCAGAAAGAGCCAUCACUUGCAUAGUCAUACGGCUGUCGGGUGGGGUACGUGGGCGGUUUUGGUAGUGCUCAUGAACGGCGCGGCGUUUGUGCUUGCGGUGGGCGUUCCGAUUUUCAAUUAUCUUAUUGGCAUAGCAGCGAGCUUGUUUGCGGCAUGGUAUACGUAUGGUAUCGUGGGUGCAUUUUGGCUGCAUGAUAACUAUCACGAUUAUGAUGGAUGGAGGCAGUGGGCGCGCAAGUGGUUCCAAGCCAUGCUGGCGGUCCUGACGUUUGCUGCUGGCGGCUUCAUCUGUGUUGCCGGGACGUAUGUCACUGUGAAGGGCAUCGUGGAGGCAUAUGAGUCUGGUGCGGUUGGGGAGCCUUUCAGUUGUUAG